GCUUUGUGGAAGUGGAAUCAUUAGGGAAGUAGAAAAAAUGAGACCACCGAUGGGCAGCGGAAGAACUGGUGGUGGCGGACGUGAUUCAUGCCCUGAGAAGAAAGAGAAAGAGAAAGACCCAACAAGUAGACUUUGCUCGGAUUUGAGUGAUUUACAAAUAGAAAAAAUCGGAAGUACUCCUACUUUCCAAUGGAUUUCAGUCUAUAACAAACGUCCUCCUAUGAAACAGAGAUUUCAUCACAACGUAGCAAAUUCAAGGUUGCACCAUCAUGUAGGGAAAGCUAACAAGGAUGGCCUUUUCAUAAGCUGUGUAGCAUCAGAAGCUAAUCUAUGGGCCUUCGUCGUGGAUAAAGGGACUGGUUUCACUUCUCAAGUUUAUAAAGUUACCUCAGUCUUCCUCCCCAAGGACUGGAUUAUGAAACAAUGGGAGAAGAACUACUAUAUCAGUUCCAUAGCUGGUGCAAAUAAUGGGGGCUCCUUGGUCGUUAUGUCAAAAGGAACCCUUUACACCAAGCAAUCAUACAAAACCAGCGACUCAAUUCCAUUAAAGUGGAUGGAUAAAAAGUGGAAAGAAGGUUUUCAUGUAACAUCCAUGACCACUGCUGGGAGUGGUUGGGGUGUAGUAAUGUCCAGGAACUCAGGCUUCUCUGAACAGGUGAUGGAGCUUGACUUCUUGAACCCAAGUGAAGAUAUAAAUCGAAGGUUGGAGAGUGGAUACAGGAUAACAUCAAUGGCUGCAACAGCUGAUCAAGCAGCUCUUAUAUUGAGUAUACCUAAACGUAAAAUUACCGAUGAAAUCCAAGAGACUUUACGUACUUCUUCCUUCCCUAGCUCCUAUAUCAAGGACAAAUGGGAGAAAAAUAUGUUCAUAACAUCAAUAUGUUAUGGUCGGACAGUUUGCUAAUGAAACAUGGAGCAUAUAUAUUCUUGUAGCCGUUGCGUUAAUAUAUGUGGUUAGCUGGU